ACAUGUCAGCUGCCACUAAUAAUAAGGAGUACCCGUACCCGUAGUACGCGAUAUCCGCACUCUCUGUUGCUUUUGGCUGGCAGCACAUGUACUCCGUACGCUCGGGCACUUGUCGUGCAAUGUUGCGUCGCGCCCAGAAUGACGCACCCCUGGACUCGACAUUAAUAAACUCCACUCAACGGUGCUGACCAGGCAGCCAGCUUGUUCAAAGCUGUACCAGAAUGCGCCCUCUACCUUUUGUCCCAACUGCCACCGACAACCAUUAGCUUGAAUCCCGAACCACUCAGUCUUUAUCCGCCCCUGGUUCGAUGUUCCACAAGAGGCGGGAGCCACCAGCAACAUGGGGUCGGUGAUGUCGGUGUUUAUAGGCAUCUGGGGCGUGAUAGUCGAGAUCAUUGAUUUCUGGCGCAGGCGAUUCCUAGAAUGGUACCGCCGCAGAGCCCCGACCGAGCUGUGGCUCGACGUCCUCCGCCAUGCCGAGAUGUACGAGGAGUGGGAGGAGGCCGCCCUCCACCUGGAUAACCUGCUGGGCCUCGACUUGUGGCGCUACAACCAGGUGUCACGGUACUACGACUACCGCCUCAUCAAUGAGCGCCUCGACAGUCUUGCCCUGGCAAGGGAGGACCAGGACAUCCACGCGCUGGUGAACCUCCUCCGCUCCGGUCUGGUGCGCAACCUCGGCAACAUCACCGCCACAAAGCUCUACAACCGCAGCUUCGCCGGCUCCAAGUUCCUCAUCGAGGAGUACAUCACGCAGGUGGCAGAGGCCAUAGAGUUCGUCAGCACCCUGCCGGCCGUCCCACCGAGCGGCGUCGGCCUCCUCGGGAGCAACCCCUCGUCUGGGAACAUAGCUGGCCAGGCACCUUUGCCCACAACACAGCCGCAGCCGCAGGCCCAGGCCCCGGCCCCGGCGACGCCCGCCGUCCACUUCAGCGACAACAGCUCCACCACCCCCGGCAGCAACGUCAGCAAUGGCAGCAGCGCCGUCGCCGCUAACAUAAAGGCCCCGAUGACCAUGUCAAACCAGAUGAAGCUGGACUUUGUGCAUGACACCAGGCAGGCCUUUGGGCGGAGCACGCUCGUCCUGCAGGGCGGCGCCAUCUUUGGCCUCUGCCACCUGGGCGUCGUCAAGGCUCUCUUCCUGCGUGGCCUGCUCCCCCGCAUCAUCACCGGCACCGCGACGGGAGCCCUGAUCGCGGCGCUGGUGGCUAUCCACAAGGAGGAGGAGCUACCUGCGGUCCUCAAGGGCGAUGGCAUUGACCUGAGUGCCUUCGCGACAAAGAACAGGGCGCAGUCGGGCUCAUCUAGGUGGGAGACGCUGCUCCGUCGGUUCAAGAGGUUCUACCGGGAGGGUUACUUCCUUGACGUCAAGGUGCUCGAGGAGUGUGUGCGUGCCAACGUUGGCGAUCUCACGUUUGAGGAGGCGUAUGUUAGGAGUAAGAGGGUUUUGAAUAUCACCGUGGCAGCGACCGGCCAGGGUGGCAUCCCCACGCUGCUCAACUAUCUGACCGCGCCGAACGUGUUGAUAUGGACGGCUGCGGUAGCCUCCAACGCUUCUACACCAACAUUCUAUGGUCACCGAGAGACCACCAUCCUAUGCAAGGACCAAGACGGAAAGAUUGUCCCCUGGGCCCCUGCUAACACCAUCGACUUCCGCCAUUGGACACACGUAUCUUAUUCUGACCGGGACUCGCCCUUGAUGCGUGUAGCGGAACUGUUCAACGUCAACCACUUUAUCGUUUCACAAGCCCGCCCCUAUCUCAUCCCUUUCCUACAAUCAGACAUGCACGGGCCAUCACAACAUGAGACUCGCAGUAAAACAACAUCCAUCACCGCGUUCCUGGUCAGAAUGGUCGGCCUCGAGGUUAGGCACAGGCUCAGACAGCUUGAUACGCUGGGACUUCUGCCGACUGGCAUCAGGCGGUUCCUGGUUGACGAGCGCAUCCCUGGCGCCAGCGUGAUGCUGGUACCCGAGGUCACGGCCGGGGACUUUAUCAGGCUCCUAGAGACACCAACAAGAGAGACGCUCGAUUAUUGGAUACUGAGGGGCGAGAGGAGCGUCUGGCCGGCAGUCGCGGCGCUCAAGAUCCGCUGUGCCAUCGAGACGGAGCUGGAUCGCGCGUACCAAAUGGCAAGGAGGCUAAAGGCCGGAGGGUUGAGGCGCAAGUCGAGCAUCUCCGUCAACAUAGCGGGUGGCGGCAAGGAGAAGAAGCAUCGAGCCAAUAGCGUGGGUUCGAGAAACUGAGACUGCGGCAUGGACACUGCCACACAAUAUCGUAACCGACGGAGUGGCGCUGGCAUUUUAUCUUUUCGGCAACCGAAUAUCAAAAUGGCACUAUAGCGUGGCACAUUUCUAAGAAUAUUAUUGUAAGUGUGUAUUGCUAUGGAAUAAGAGUAAUUGAUUGCACCUUCGGGCUCAAGACUUUGAUGGCAGUACAGAUCAUGCCUUAUCCAGAAUACAUGGGCUCACAAAGAUCAUCCCGGCACGCUUGCUAAAAUGAGAAUACACUUUGACUCCGAAAGAGAGGAGGCGUCAGCUUGAUCAACACAACGCCUCGGUGGAGCCAUCUUCGUCUGUAAUGAUCAGGAUCCCGGCCUUGUCGCCCCUAUUCAUCUCGAGCCUGUCGACAACGGCCUGGAAGAAAUCGAGACUCUUGGGUUUGUGGCCCGUACCAUACCUAAUAAGCCAAUGACUUGCGGGACGGACUCUGGAAGAUUAAAUGUCGCCGAGGGACAUAGACAUCAAUGAUAGAAGCUGGCACUGACUGUCGGCCGUUGAUCAGUA